ACAGCACUGGAGGAAAAUAAUUUUGGAAGUGGGGGUGGAGCGAGGUCACUCCCUGGUGUGUCAGUUUCUCGGCCGAAUUGGGCAAUUUUCAUCCACUUUCCUGAAUGAUUUCGGCGUGUUGAGAUUUUUCUAAGUUGGUACGGUCAAAUUUUAAGACGACGCAGUGAUGGGCGUGAACUUUUGGUGGCGUCUGGCGCGACCGUGAGUCGACGAAGGGUACCCAUCGGAGCAGGAUGUUGUUGUGAGGUGCGUCGUUUUCGACUGCAGCGUCUGCAGCCUCAACGGGCGCUAUGACCACUUGGACUGAAAGGAUGCAUCAAAGGGCGGCCACUUUCGGCAAUGUUGUCACUUCCUGUGGCCACCCAUCUACCGUUCCCUACCCUAGAAGAUUAGAGAAAGUUAAGUUUGGAGUGCCUCUUGAAGAGGUGUGCAAAAAUGACAUUCCUGGGCCACUAUUGGUUCUAAUUUUGAAAUUGAACAAAGAGGCGCCGUUCAAGAAGGACGUUUUUCGAGCGCCAGGGCACCAAGGCAACAUGAAAAAGUUGAUCCACUUUUUGCAAAACGGCCGCCUUGUCAACAUGGACAACUUCUCUGUAUACACCAUUGCCUCAGUGUUGAAGAAGUUCCUUCGAAAACUACCUGGUGGUAUUUUUGGAGCGGACGGAGAAAGAUGCUUAUUUGAUAUCAUUGAAAUGAAAGAUAAAGAUGCUCAACGAGAAAAAAUCCACCAACUGAUAACUUCUUUGCCUGAGCAAACACAGAGGCUUCUAGUUUUACUGUUUGGAACAUUCCGAGUCAUCGCUACACAGGCCAACCGAGCAAACACAGGCAUGAGCUCGGAGGCACUUGGUGUUUCUGUAGCUCCAAGCUUCUUCCAAAGCUGUGUUUCUGAUGGAAAACAAGCCAGGAUGGAAGAUGUGUUGAGAUACAAGGUUGCAACUAGGAUCAUGAAGUUUUUGAUCGACAACUUUGGCGCAAGCAACCUCUUCGGUCGUCAGAACUAUGAGUUUUACGCCCGUAUCACAGGACGCAUUUUAAAGGUUGAGGAGGAUUGGAUCUUCAGCUUCCGUUACCCACCAAAUACUAUGGUUUCCCCCAUUUCUCAGCAAGAGGAAAGUCAGUCAACCCCCGCCUUGAUACACAUUCCAGAAGCCUCAUCGUUGGGGCCAUCCGUGUCGUCACUGGGUAUCAUCCCUGAAAACAACCUUUUGCAGUCAUACACUCGUUUGUCCAUUAGUCUUGAGGAAAACGGUCUGUUCAAGAAAAGUGUAAAUAGAAACGCUGAUGAGGACACAGGAGCUGUUGUAGUAGUCAUUGAAGAAAGCUCGAGUCGUUCGUCCACAAGUAGCACCACGAGUCACCACCUAACUUUAGAAGAACUGAGAGCAAUCAACAGAUAUGCUGAAAGCACAAAAUCUCUUUCUUUCCUGCCACAAGUUCAUGAAAGACAAGCCGCAAGAAUGAGAACCAGGUCUGAGUGGUUUUUAUCACCCGCACAGCAAGAAUUGCUGAAAGAAAGUGCAUCUUCCAGAAUACUCAAAGUCGGAUCAGAUAGAUCGUCGUCGGAUAAUAUUGUUUUGACAUCUGGACUGAGCGUGAGCGCAGAGUCUGUGAAAACUCUGUUGCGACGCACAUCCAGCAGGGACAAGGAGCGAGUCCGCCGCGGAUCUGCAAGAAAAAACAAAGAAAACGGCAAAAAACAGCAGUCAAUAACUGAGGACCAGCAGCACGAACAUCAAAGUAGUAGAAGCCUCUCCGAAGACCAUGACGAGGGAAACAUGCACAUUACGUACAAGCCUAGAAUUUGAUUUGGGCCUAUGUUAUAACAUGUAUUGUAUACUGCCAGCAGGGAUUUUAUUAUGCUACUGAUAUUCAUUACCAUAAAAAUGCAUUAUUAUUAUAAUUAUUAUAUAUUUCAUAUUGUAUUAACUUUGCAAGUUAAAAUGUUUUGUGUUUUUUAUCACUGUGUCACAAUUUAAUAUGUAAAUAUUUUUAUGUCUGAUAUUACUCGGAUAUUAUAUACACGCUACUUAUUAUACAUUACUCAAGAAAAAUAAAAGAUACUUGAAGUCUCUUCUAUAUAA